UUUCGACAAACGGAAAUUUAAAAAACUUUCGGUAAAUGUAUGAGAUCUGUUUUCAUUUUCUUGCUAUAUAAAAUAAGUCAAAGAAGAAAUGCCAACAACAAAAAAGAAGGCUUGCUAAUAGGCAGAAAAGUAAAAAGAAAAUCGUACAAGAAAAGCAGGAAGUUUAUUGAUGAUAAACAAAAAGCCACAACAGCAAUAAUUAUCAAUUUUGAAAUUUUAAACGCGUUCAUACAGAAGGGGCGUAUAAAUAAAAGAAGAAAAAAAAACAAAUGUAAUUCAAAAAAAAUUAAAAAAGAAUCACGUCAUUGUUGGCAAAACCAAAGAAGAAGCUUUACAACAAAACGCUUUUAGGUGCCUUCUGAAAUGCGUUGGCGAUCAAUUUAAAAGAAGUGUUAAUUGUUAAGUUGUGCUUAUACAUGGAGUUUAGUCAAUUUUCAUAGAUUAUCUGAAUAAAAGCCAAUGGGAGAGUGCGUUCAUUUCCGCACCAUUUCUCAAGGAUAAAACGUUGUGCUUGUUUAUGUGCUUUCAUCUUCCUUCUAAUUGCUGUUUUAAAACAUAGUAUUUAUAUAUUGAGAUGAUGAUGAUGAUUGAUGAAGAACAACAAGCUUUGUUAAAACGAGCUUCCGAAGAGCGUGAAUUGAUAUUUCAUCGUUACAGUUUGGGUUUAGAUCCCAACAAUGAGGUGGAUCCAUGGGAAAAUCCUACAUAUGAGAUCUAUCACAUAACCGAUAAAUAUGGCUUCAUGCAUGAUUCCCGCCUGCCAGAUACCCGCGAUUCUCAUGAAGUGCAGCGCACUAAAAUCGAAUUGGAACGUGAUAAGAAAUGGAUGAAAAUGCUUGCCAAUUGGAAUUCCCACCACGAAAAAUUGCGAAAGCGUGUUUUCAAAGGAAUACCAGACCGUAUGCGUUGGCCUGCUUGGAAGAAAUUGCUAAAUGUUGAUGAAUUAAUGAUUUCCAAUCGUGAUACCUACCAGCGUAUGCUGGAUUUGUCUCGCAAAUACUCAACAGAAGUGCGACAAAUAGAUUCCGACGUCAAUAGACAAUUCCGUGAUAAUUUAGCGUAUCGUGAACGCUAUAGUGUAAAGCAAGUGUCAUUGUUCAACGUUUUAAACGCUUAUAGUGUAUAUAAUCCCGAAUUGGGCUACUGCCAAGGUAUGGCCUGCGUUGCAGCCGUUCUUCUUUUAUAUAUGCAAGAAGAAGAGGCAUUUUGGGCUUUGAAUACCUUAAUAGUGGAUAAAAAGUAUGCAAUGCAUGGCUUAUUUAUAGAAGGAUUUCCAAAAUUGACACGAUUUUUGGAACAUCACGACCGUAUAAUGUCAAAAAUCAUGCGUAAAUUACAUCAGCAUUUUAUAAAGCACAACGUCGACGCUAUAUUGUAUUCAAUUAAAUGGUUUUUUGUAGUGUUUGUGGAAAGGAUACCCUUCAGCUUAAGUUUACGUGUAUGGGACAUUUUUCUGCUGGAAGGUGAUCGGGUCAUUACGGCCAUGGCAAUAACAAUAUUGUAUUUGCACAAAAAUGAACUGUUACGCCUUAAAGACAUGGAUUCUAUUAUUGAAUAUUUGCAAGUUAAAUUGCACAAGAAUUUUGGUUACAACGACGAUUACGUUGUUGAAGCUUUGGAGCGAGUAAUGAAGAAGCUGAAAGAUUUAAAACUUGAUGUACCACCUCCUGCCAAAGUAAAUGAAUUCCCCACGAAACCAUUGGGAGAAUUUAUUGAAGCUGAUAUUGAAAAGAAAAUAGGGCGGCGACGUUCGGAAUAUACAGAUACCGAAAAACAGGUUAUUAAUGAUGUGAUAUUAAGACAAGAACAAAAUGCAAUUGAAGUACAAUCUAAUGUUUCUUACGAAACUUCAGAAUGUGCUACGGGUGAUGCAUAUUCCAUGAAAACUUAUCAAAGUAUCACUAGUUUAGCCACUUCACCAGCAAUUAGCAGUAGUUCAUUGUAUAGUAACGGAUUUAUUGUCACCAACAUCCCCAUCAGCAAUCUGUCUGCUUCAUCACAUAGUACGACAACUAUCACAUCAACUACAGAAACAACGACUUCAGCUACUAGUUUUCAUAUCGUCAGCACAGCCAUCAAUAUAGCCAAUGCCGAUAGCACAAAUAGCACAAUCACAAAAUGGACUUGUAAUGUUAAUGACUUGCACGAUGACUUACAACAACAGCAAUUAAAUGGUGAUGAUACGUUGUACCAAAAAUGUGAAAAUAAUAAUCGCGAUAUUAAUGGUGAUGAAGAUGUUUGCAAGCAGAUUAAGCACGUGAGAGAAGCUGAGCGUGAUAUUGUGAAUGUCAGUGAUCAUGACGAUGAAGAAUUAAGCGUAGAAAACACUCGCCUUUAAAUUGUAUUUAUUAAUUUGUACACUUACCUAAAUGAAUACCUAUCGGAAAAGUGUAUUUUGGAUUUUCCUUAAUUUAGUACAAUUUUUUAAAUUAGUGUUUUUUUUUUUUUC